UUAUGCAUUAGAAAAUAAUUUCACAUUAAUAUUUUUAAAAGACGUGUAGAAUAAUUAUGGUUGUUAAGCUUCAGGUUAAGGAAACCAACUGCAGCUUUGAUGUACCAAUUCGUAUAUCUGUGUCAGGUCUACAAUCACAGCAAAAGGUGACUUUACACUCAUACACAACUGUGGAAAGUGGUGCCAUAUUCGAAUGUGUUGCUGUAUAUGCUGCCAACUGCGAAGGUGUAAUUGACACUUCUUGUGAUGAAGCCAGUGGUGGAUGUUAUACUGGUGUUGAUGGAAUGGGAUUGUUCUGGUCCAUGACCUCAUCAUCUUUGAACAGGAGUGUUUAUCCACGUUUUAUAAAAUUGGAUGUCACAACUCCUCUAGUGGUGAAAUUGAAUGUAUAUGAAGAGUUGAUCUUCACAUUGGAGGAGCUGGACUCGAGAAGGAAGAAUUUAAAGAAGCUCGCUUCAACUCACAUCAAGCGAUGGUUCAUGGCAGCGGGAACAAAGAGGAUCACUCUCACUGUAGAAAAACAUGGAAUUCAUGGGACUCUUUUCAUUCCUCCUGGUCAAGGACCUUUUCCAGCGGUUGUGACCAUAUUUGGAGGUCAUCCUGGCACCUUCGAGUUCAAAGCAGCUUUGCUUGCAAGACAUGGUUUUGUAACGAUGGCUCUUGCCUUUUUCGGAUCUCCAGGCUUGGCCCAAAUCAAGCAACCUGUCGAUGACUGGGAUUUUGAUUUAGACUACUUUGAUAAAGCAUUUGAUUUUUUAUCGAGCCUAUCAUCUGUAGACAGCAGUAGAGGCUUUGGUGUAAUUUGUAUCUCUUUCAGCACUAUGCUUGUAAUGGCUGCGGCGUCUUGUGUUGACAGAAUAAGAUGCGUUGUGUGGAUAAAUGGUUUUAUUCAUGUUAAUUGUAUGAGGAUUACAUACAAAGGUAAAAAGUUUGGUCGCUGUGGGGAUAAAUAUCCCUUCAAUUACGAUUACCAAUCAAUGAUUACGAAUGAUGGCUUAAGCACUCGUAAGUUUUUUCCAUAUUUCAGUAACCCAUUUGAUAGCUCAGAAUCUUUGCCCGAUUUUUUCCGUCGCAAAGAUGUUUCAUAUCUUUUUAUCGUUGGGCUGGCAGAUGAAAGUGUUAUAGCUGAAACAUGGGCGAACCAAGCAGAACAGUUGUUUCAAAUGACCGGCCACCCAAGUUAUAAAAUCCUGCGAUACCCAGGAGCAGGUCACCUGAUUGAGCCCCCCUAUUCCCCCCUUAAUGCUGUGACAUUUCAAAAGUCAUACAAAGGACCUAUAAACUGGGGAGGCAAGAAAUUACCACACUGUAGAGCACAGGAGCACUCAUGGAUCGAACAGAUCAAAUUCUUGAAGGAAAAUCUUCCAGCCAAACUUUAUUCUAAGAUGUAAUACUCUUUAUUAAUCUAACAACAUUUUUUAUGGUAUUUAUUAUUGUUAUUUUUAGAAAUGUAAUGGUUUUAUCAUAGCAAUGUGAACUAUACAAUUAGACUUUUCUAACUCAAAAACCAAAACUCAAAUUGUUUGUUAUUUUAUAAUUACUCUGCUUUUAUGUUGCUUUUUAUAAUGAACCUCUGUAUGUUUAAUUUAACUAAUGAUUCUUACAAUAACAAGGCACUGCACGUUUAUUCAAACGUUGUUUU